CAUGGCUGCUGUGCAGACUGAAACAUGCUGCUGGAAUACACCAUGGGACAGAGGGUUCCACCUGUACAAGCAGCGACCCUACAACCCUCUGAUGGACGGAUUGUGGUCAGACUGGACUCCGCUACAUGAAGCUGCAUUACAGGGCAGACUACUACUGCUGAGGACACUACUCUCUCAGAGGUUCAGUGCGUGUUCGUCCACAGUGAAUGGAGUGACUGCACUGCAUGAAGCCUGUGCUGGCGGCCAUCUUGGGUGUGCCAAAACUCUGCUGGAGUAUGGAGCAGAUGCGGACGCGGUGACGAUCGAUGGAGCCACUCCUCUGUUUAACGCGUGCUGCAGUGGAAACCCCGCCCUCGUCAGCCUCAUUCUGAAACAUAGCUCCGCCCCCCACCCGGCUCAUCUGUUGGCUUCACCUAUUCACGAGGCAGCAAAGAGAGGGCACAUUACCUGCGUGGAGCUGCUGUUGGCCAAUGGGGUGAAUGUUGACCUGGAGCUCGAGGCUGGGACUCCACUCUACUGUGCCUGUGAGACCCAGAGAACAGACUGCGUACACACACUCCUGCUGCUAGGAGCUGAUGUGAAUCGUGGGCGUGGCCUGGAUACUCCCCUGCAUGCUGCAGCCAGAGUGGGCGGGGCCAGGGAGGUGGAGCUCCUGCUGGAACACGGGGCUGAUGGGAAUUGUAGGAACUCCGAGGGGAAGAGAGCCGUGGAGCUGGCGGAGCAGCACAGUGAAGAGAGACUCAUUCUACAGAGCGCAGGUCCCUGCUCUCUGUCCCAGCUCUGCAGGCAGUGUAUCCGUCGGUCGCUAGGACAGCACCGACUCAACAGAACACACGCUCUCUACUUGCCAAACAGCCUUCACAAUUACCUGCUCUACAGAUAACACACACGUCACACUCACACACACACACACACACACACACACACACACACACACACACACACACACACACACACACGCUCUCUACUUGCCAAACAGCCUUCACAAUUACCUGCUCUACAGAUAACACACACGUCACACUCACACACACACACACACACACACACACACACACACACACACACACACACACACACACACACACACACACACACACACACGCUCUCUACUUGCCAGACAGCCUUCACAAUUACCUGCUCUACAGAUAACACACACGUCACACUCACACACACACACACACACACACACACACACACACACACACACACACACACACACACACACACACACACACACACACACACACACUCUCUACUUGCCAAACAGCCUUCACAAUUACCUGCUCUACAGAUAACACACACACACACACACACACACACACACAUUCUGUUUGCCAGACAGCCUUCACAAUGCAUGCUCUACAGAUAACACACACGUCACACACACACAAUAAAACACACACACACACUUCACACACACACACAGUGGAACUAUAUAUUUCAUAGAAAGCUUGUCUCAUAUAAACAGUCGGUAGAACUUUUACAAGACAUACACAUUUAAUAUAUGUAUAAAAAAUACAUACACACACUACAAGAAACACACACAUGCAAUCACACACAUACGU